CAUCUCUCAGCUCUUGAUUAGGAUUACUACAGUAAGUGGACUGAAUCUGUAGAAGAAUGUGGAAGUUGAAAGUAGCAGAAGGAGGGAGUCCAUGGCUGCGGACAACGAACAAUCAUGUAGGUAGGGAAGUAUGGGAGUUUGAACCAGACCUUGGAUCUCCAGAAGAUCGGGCGGAGAUCGAAAAGUUUCGUGAACACUUCACCAAACAUCGUUUGGAGCAAAAACACAGUGCUGAUCUCCUUAUGCGUUACCAGUUGUCAAAGGAGAACCAAGGAAUUAGUAUCUUGCCACAAGUCAAAAUACAUGACAAUGAAGUUAUUACAGAAGAUAGUGUAGCUACCACGCUGAGAAGAGCGCUAAGUUUUUAUUCCACUCUACAAAAUCAUGACGGUCACUGGGCUGGAGAUUAUGGAGGCCCGAUGUUUCUAAUGCCUGGCAUGAUUAUUGCUCUAUCUAUUACGGGGGCACUCAAUGCAGUAUUCUCAAGUGAACAUAAACGUGAGAUGAUUCGAUAUCUUUAUAACCAUCAGAACAGUGAUGGUGGGUGGGGUUUGCAUAUUGAGAGCCACAGUACCAUGUUUGGUUCUGCUUUGAGCUAUGUUACUCUGAGAUUGCUUGGGGAAGGAGCUAAUGAUGGAGAUGGGGCAAUGGAAAAGGGUCGUAAAUGGAUUCUAGAUCAUGGUAGUGCCACGGCCAUUACGUCAUGGGGGAAAAUGUGGCUCUCAGUGCUUGGAGUAUUUGACUGGUCUGGGAACAAUCCACUCCCUCCUGAAAUAUGGCUUCUUCCCUAUAUCCUUCCAAUCCAUCCUGGAAGAAUGUGGUGCCAUUGCCGGAUGGUUUAUCUUCCUAUGUGCUACCUUUAUGGUAAACGCUUUGUUGGUCCUAUCACGCCAACAGUUUUAUCUUUGAGAAAGGAGCUCUUUACGGUCCCGUAUCAUGAAGUAGAUUGGGAUAAAGCUCGCAAUGAGUGUGCAAAGGAAGACCUUUACUACCCACACCCUCUAGUACAAGAUAUCAUGUGGGCAACUCUUCACAAGGUUGUAGAACCUAUUUUGAUGCAUUGGCCGGGGAAAAAAUUGAGGGAAAAAUCUCUGCGCACCGUGAUGGAGCACAUUCAUUAUGAAGAUGAAAACACUCGUUACGUAUGCAUAGGACCUGUAAACAAGAUUAUAAAUAUGCUUUGCUGCUGGGUUGAAGAUCCUAAUUCAGAAGCUUUCAAGUUGCAUCUUCCAAGAAUUCAUGAUUAUAUGUGGGUUGCUGAAGAUGGCAUGAAAAUGAAGGGGUACAAUGGAAGUCAAUCUUGGGAUACAUCAUUUGCAGUUCAAGCAAUCAUUGCGACAGGGUUUGGCGAAGAAUAUGGAUCAACAUUGAGAAAAGCACAUUCAUUCUUAUCAAAUACACAAGUGUUAGAUAAUUGCCCGGGUGAUCUAGAUUUCUGGUAUCGUCAUAUUUCAAAAGGUGCUUGGCCCUUUUCAACUGCAGAUCAUGGGUGGCCCAUUUCAGAUUGUACUGCAGAGGGACUUAAGGCUGUUCUUCUAUUAUCAAAGCUACCAUCAGAGAUAGUCGGUAAUCCAUUGGAGGCGAAGCGCUUGUAUGAUGCUGUAAAUGUUUUGCUUUCUUUACAGAAUAGUGGUGGCGGCUUUGCAACAUAUGAACUCUCAAGGUCAUAUCCAUGGUUGGAGCUAAUCAACCCUGCUGAGACUUUUGGAGAUAUUGUUAUUGAUUACCCUUAUGUAGAGUGUUCCUCAGCUGCAAUUCAAGCUUUAACAGCAUUUAAGAAAUUAUACCCUGGUCAUCGUAAAGAAGAAGUUGAACGCUGUAUUGCUAAAGCUGCCGCUUUCAUUGAAUCAAUUCAAGAAACAGAUGGCUCCUGGUAUGGCUCUUGGGCAGUUUGCUUCACCUAUGGCACUUGGUUUGGGGUGCUUGGCUUGCUAGCUGCGGGAAGGAACUACAAUAAUUCUUCCAGCAUCCGCAAGGCAUGUACAUUUUUGCUGUCCAAACAAGUCUCAUCUGGUGGCUGGGGGGAGAGUUAUCUGUCAUGUCAAAAUAAGGUGUAUACAAAUCUUGAAGGCAACAGAUCUCAUGUUGUAAAUACAGCAUGGGCUAUGCUGACUCUAAUUGCUGCUGGACAGGCUGAGAGAAAUCCUACACCAUUACACUCUGCAGCAAAAGAACUAAUAAAUGCUCAGCAAGAAAAUGGAGAUUACCCUCAGCAGGAGAUCAGCGGGGUCUUCAAUAGGAACUGCAUGAUAUCAUAUUCUGCAUAUAGGAACAUUUUCCCAAUCUGGGCAUUGGGAGAAUAUCGUUCUCGUGUACUCAAAGCUAAUUGAGUUGCAGUUCCAGAUGAUACUUCAAGUCUUGACUCUUUUCUUUUCAAAGCUAGUAAACAAAAGAUAGUUCUGACAUUCAUCUUAUAUAUAUGAAUAAGACAACAAAUAAACCAUCAAAUAUUUCUUCUCUUUUCAUUCAACUAAAUCACAACCAGAC